AAUAUUUUGUAUUUUAAUAUGUUCUCAUUAUUUUACUCAUCUGUAAAAUGUAUUGCAUAAAAUGUAUUUGAUUGUAUUAGGAAAUAGGAUUUAUAUCAGUCACCAGUGGCUUAUGGGUAAUUCUCUUAGUUUCUUCUACAGUGAUAUAUGGAUGUAUGUUUGUUGCUUCGCUGUUUGCAUUGCCUUCCAGACUAAGCUUAUAUACAGCUUCUGUUUAGAUGAAAGUAAAGUAAAUUUCACAAAGCACCAUUGACCAACUGUAACGCACCCAUAUAGUAAACUAUAGGCUGUUGUCUGUAUUCUUUUGCCAGAUGCGAUAGGAGGAGAAUUAGCACAAUACCAGACACUGUGUGCAAGCUUUUCCACGGAAACUGUAAUAUUGAAUUAAGAUGUGAAUUAUGUCAUUAUUCUCACUGAUAGUGACCGUCUAUGUGUGUUAAAAUGGUCUGUUUUAAGCCACGUUCAGACAGCCAGCUACAUCCAGUGAUAAAGCGAGGCAAUGUCGUUCAUUUCAAUGGUAGUUUAGCAACAUCCAGCGGCACAAGCGACAGUGACUGUUGGCUACAGGAAGUGGGCAUGUCUAGCAAUUCGACAAAGUUGAGAGUUACGUCUUUAAUAAGGUUGAAAGUUCAUCACAAUUGUUCUGUUGUAACUUCCGGGAACUAUCGGCAUUGUUGUGGAAAAACUGUUCCAUUGGAGUCAACGGAGUUGACGCAACUCUCUCUCAAUGGCUCUCCUCGUAACGAGAGACUGGCGACACACAGCCACACAGUCGCUGGCGGUCUGAACGCAGCUUUAGUCAUUGACUAAAACAGAAGUAAAGUAAUUCCAUAGAAAGCUCUGGAGAUUUCUUAAAAAGAUGUAACACCAUAGGCCAGAACACCUCCUCUGUCUAUGAGGUAGUCAGAAACGGCAAUAUCUAAUUUUGCAAUAAUGCAAAUAGUUCUCACCUAACCUUUCAACCUCUUCUUUACUUUUCAUUCAUUAGAAACUUUCGAAACGUGCAUUCUUUUGUGUUCACCGACGUAUUUGCAACAGUCAUAGUAAGAUACGACCCAUGGAUAGUUUAAUUGAGCUCACCUGAUGUCACUCGGCACCUGCCUGAUCUCAUCACUUUAGUAUUCUUGGGACUGACCUGUGACCUGAUAUCAGACACUGAAGGUAGGUAUUAUCUUAAUGAAUAUUUAACUGUUCCCAGAACACAGCUACGUAUGAGAUGCAAAGGCCAGUCUUUGAUCUGGAAAUGGCACAUCAUGUGGAAACUUCCACAGGAAGUUUGCAUGGUUUUCACCCCCGUCUCAUAUUUUAUUACGUUUCACACACUCAGUUAUGAACAAGCCCACGCAGGACUCAGCACAGCGGCGACACAGUAAUAAUUCACAGCAGAGGUCUGGUGGGACAAUGUCAGGAAAAGGAAAUUGCCAUUUUCUCUGAUCCGACACCCUCCCACCCUUUCCUUAAUUUUUUAACACUUUCGCAACUUUCAAGAUGAAAAUAAUUGUAUGCAUUCAUCUAUUCUCUAUAUGACUAGCUGGACCCCAUCUCGGGUCAAAGACAAGUGUUAAAGCUGUGCUAUAUGUUGAAUUCAACACAGUUACUGUACACUCAGUCAAAAGAUCGAUGUCACAAGGAGCAAGAAUUUGGACCAAUGAAAUUGCAAUGUGGGUGGAGCUACCAGCUCUAAAGCCAAAACUAAAUGAUAAUGUCUUUGCGCUUAUCAUACUGGCCUUGGGUAUAAGAACUCCGGAUUAUAAUUUUGCUGGUUUUAAUCAGUUAUCAGGGUUGUGGAUCGACUGCAAAUGAGUUUUUACUGUGCCACACUGCCCGACCUUUAGACAUUUUCUUUCCUAUUCAGUCUGUAGGAGCAGAAUUGCGCUGAACCCUUUAUUAUCUCUUCUAUCUUUAACCAGUGAACUUAAGUACAGUGAUUGUUUCUAGGUUCCCGGGCCAUUGUUUACUUCAUCACAACUCUCAAGCUUUACUUUCCCUGUGUAGGAGAGGUUUCUAAAUAAUGUUUUGUCAAGUUUAAAGCUAUAGACCCCUUUUGCGGCGACAUUACGCUCAGGUCACGGCAUUAGCUAGAGGCAAAACAAAGGGAAAACUGGAGGUAGCCAAUACACACCAGCACAGACUUUGCUACAUAAGGAGUUUAAAAUAUAAUCAUGUUGUGGUGUUUAGUGCCACAAUCGACAGAAUUAAUUCUCCAAUUUGAUAUUAUAACACAUAUGUGCUGCCAUUGCCAAACAAAAACACUGAAGACAGCUUUAGUUAAACACAAAAAUGAUCGGAUUAAACAGAAACGAUGCUCGUGUUUCACUUCAUAACACUUAAGAUAAAAAAAAACUGUUGUUGUUGGUGUGGAUUAUGAUUUGGGUAUGUGUCUAAAAAUAUCUCACGUAUUUCCAGAACAAGGUUAUUUUUCACGUAGCGUUCACUUUUGAACGCGUAAGGUAUGGUAGCUAACUUUGCUUUACGCUUACACUCUCAGAUUAUCUUUACUAUACACGCUUGGUUUCUCUGUCAUGUAGGUGUAGAUGUCAGGCCACUUAAAUGGAGGUAAUCCUGUCAGUUCGUCUCUGGAUCCAUUGAGCGAGUGCGUACAGGUCGACCAGGUUCCUGGCGUCAAAGUUCACUUUUUUUAAACAAUCGCGGUCCUAGACAGUUUGCUAAGAACCUCUCCCCAGAUAAGAUUAAUCUGAGCACCCUAAAAGGGGAGGGCCAGCUCACCAACCUGGAGCUUGAUGAGGAGGUUCUUCAGAACAUGUUGGAUCUGCCCACCUGGCUCGCCAUUAAUAAAGUCUUCUGCAAUAAGGCCGCCAUCCGGAUCCCAUGGACCAAACUGAAGACUCAUCCAAUCACUCUGUCUUUGGAUCGAGUUGUCAUGGAGAUGAGCACCUGUGAUGAGCCCCGCCCUCACAAUGGUCCAUCACCCAUAGCAACAGUCUCCGGUCAAAGCGAAUAUGGUUUUGCAGAGAAGGUAGUGGAGGGCAUCUCUCUCUCAAUAAACUCCAUAGUGAUUCGGAUCAGCGCCAAAGCCUUCAACGCCUCUUUUGAGCUCUCGCAGCUCCAGGUCUACAGCGUAAACACCAGCUGGUCCACCGGGGACCUCCGGUACUCACGCAUCCUGGACCCCGCUCGUGGAGAGAUCCUGACAUUUAAGGAAGUGAGCUGGCAGAUGAUCAGGAUUGAAGCGGACGCCAUCCAGGGAACAGAACACGAGGUCGUCAGCGCCCCCAUUCGCCUCAUCACCAACCAAUCAAAGAUUAGAGUUACUUUAAAGAGGAGGAUGAAGGACUGUUAUGUUGUGGCCUCCAAGCUGAUUUUGAUACUAGAUGACCUGCUGUGGGUUCUGACGGACUCUCAGCUCAAGGCCAUGGUGCAGUACGCCAAGUCUCUCAGUGAAGCAAUGGAGAAAUCAGCCGCGCAGAGGAAGAGCAUGGGCUCUGACACCACACAGGUAACACCGGCGGCCCCUUCGGCCCAACAGGUGCGCACACAGCAGGCUUCAGCCACGGCGGAUCAAAGCGCCUCCAUGGCGCGGCUCUUCAAUGACUUUGACGUUCGUGAGACUUCACACCACCUUCAGAUUACACACCUGGACCUGCACAUCUGUGACGACACUAAUGCCAAGGAUAGAGAGAUUAAUAAGAGAUUAGAUAGUGGGGCCAUGCAGUUGUCUUUCAGUUCUAUAACAGUGGACUACUAUCCCUUCCACAAAGCUGGCGAGAGCUGUCUUCAUUGGAUGCAUUACGGGGAAGCCACAAAGGCCCGUGAGACCUGGGCUCGGUCUCUUCUAGAAGAGUUUAAGUCCAAUGUGGAAAUGCUUAAAAAUGCAGUCAGUGGCAAAAACCAGAGCUCUCCUCAGCAUGGUAAGAUCUCCACCGGCUCCAGCAGUUCCUUCACGCCCCCGCCUGCACCCAGAACGCAGCUCGUGUCCAGUUCAAUUGUGCUGCGGAUUGCGGAUUUCAGCAUCUAUCAGGUGUCUACAGCAGACCAGCCGCGCUCCAGCCCGAAAACCAUGAUCUCCUGCAAUAAGAAAUCUCUAUACCUCCCUCAAGAGAUGCCUGCCAUCCAUGCCGAGUUCACAGAGUACUACUUCCCAGACGGCAAAGACUAUCCCAUUCCCUGUCCCAAUCUGUACGUGCAGUUGAACGCUUUACAGCUGGUGCUUGAUUCUCGAAGUCUAGUUUGGCUCAAUCUGUUUGCGUUGGACCUUCGGCAGAGUCUGGAACAGUUCAUGGAGCUGUACAAACUCAACGACUCCGAGAAACCAGACGAGCAUGUGGACAUCAGGGUGGAUGGACUCAUGCUGAAGCUGGUGAUCCCUGCUGAACACGAGAAGACUCAACCUGACCAGCCUCGCUCUUUAUCCGUGCAAACAUCAGAGAUGGUGGCAUCCAACACGCGUCACUCUUCCGGCUGCACUCGGUCCAGUCUGGAAUCCCUCUUGCAAGCCUUCCAAGAGCAACCCUUCUUCACCUCCUUCCCUCCCUCAUUUCCCCGUUCCCUAAACUCCUUCCCUGUCCUGCAUUCUGUCUUCCAGCGCCACGCCCAUGAGCAGGACACACGCGUCCACGAUGUGUACCGCGGCUUCGCCCCACUGUCCCUCUCAGCCAACGCCCUCAAAACACCAGCAGCCACCGACCUAUGGGCCAUCCACUUUUCUCAAUUCUGGGUGGACUACGAAGGCUCCCGUAGCGGGAGAGGUCGCCCGACACCCUGCGUGGACUCCUUCCCCCUUACCCUUUGGGUAUGCCAGCCCGCCCGCUACGCCCAGCACAAUGAGUGGCUGAAAUCGGGCGCCGGGUCAGGGAAGUUGACCCGCAGUGAGUCGGCCGAGAUGGCCAAUCGGCUACAGAGGAAGAAGCUUCUCAAGGAAUACUACACCACCGAUGCAUCCGGCAGCAGCACACCAAGCAACGGCCUCCACAAACCCCACUCGCUUGACGGUUUAUGCAGCCACACAUCUUCAUCCCUCACUUCUCCCACAUCCUCAGCGAGCAAAGUAGACAUGCAGGUGCUGGUGCACGUUCAGAAGCACCUGAGUGCUCAGGUGAGCCACGGGCAGUAUGUGUUUCUUCUCCGACUACAGAAUGCUGUGAAAUCUCUUCAGCGCACUUUACAACAAGAUCUGGAGCAGUUCGGCUCCAAGCGCCAGGGCACAGGACAACCCCUUAGUGCUUGCAUAGGCGUGCUCAUGAAAAGUGCAGAGGUCGCUCUUCUCCUAAAACCCAUCCCUCAACCGGACUCGAGCGCAAGCCCCUUGAUCUCCGACAUCUCCCCUUCGGAGAGCAGAGCCACUCUUGAGGCAGGUAGUGACGGGGGCGAGGGGCCCGAGAGACCCUCGGCUCCAGGCUUUGUGGAUCAGAUGCUCUCUGCAAGUACAGAGUCAGGCACACAUGUUGUUAAUACAUCUCCUCACCUUAUUUCCUCCUCCGCCUCUCUCGCACUAAGAAAGGCGUCUGUGGAUGAGAGGAGCAGCAUAGCGUCCGGAGGGAGGGUGGGGUCUGAAGAGAAGAAGGAUUUGAGAGAAGGAUCUCUUAAUGGGGAGAGUGGAAGGACUGAAGCCAAAGGACAAUACAAUGAACCAUCGCAAGCUUUGCAAGGUGGAACUGGGGUGGUGGAUCCCCUGACUGACAAUACCUCCAGAGAAUGGAAUGAUAAGAGCAGGCUUCCUCAGUCGAUGUCCAGCGGCCGCUUGAUUCAGGGCAAAUCUCAGUCGAGUUUUGCUGUGACCUAUAAGAACAUGAAGAAGAGUCCCUCACUACAGUCUCUGGACGAUUUCUCCAUAGACAGCUACAUGCUGGAGGAUUGUGACACCUACAGCCUGCUCGAGAGAGAUGAUGUGUCAAUAUCUGGGUUUAAAGAGGCUACAGAAGGUGUGGUUCUGGCUCAAGAGGCAGAUGAAGCCCAGUCACCUGAUGCCAUUAGUGCUGCUUCCCAGAGCAUCGACGAACCCACAAAAGAUCUCAUAUCUGUUCUGGUUCUGAAGGUUCAUUCAAUCUGUUGCUCUCUGGAUCUGAAGGGUGAUGACACAACCGUAGCUCUUGAGGUGGGACGCAUCAGACCCAAUCAGCUCGGCAACAUCAGCUUACGGCAGUAUCUUAGCAACCGCAGCCUGGGCCCCGGGUCAAAGUCGGACCCCAACACAGUCGUGUCAGAUCCUGAGGUGCAGGUGAGGCUGGAGAGCGGUCCGGGUGCAGCGGUUCACUCUCCGCUCGCUGAACAGAACGGCUUUCUGCAAUGCCGGGUACAGGCCUUCUGCGCUGACUUCAUCAUGACAUCACUGCGAAACCUCGCCUUCUUCCUGGAGGAUGACUCCGCCUCCCAGGUCCUGCCUAUGGAGAUCACCAUCAAAGAUACACAUGUGAACCUUAAGGAUGAUGGUCCCCGUGACAACUCAUCUGACCCAGAGGCCACGCCCAUCGCCGUGCAUAUUCACAAUCUGCUCAUCCAUCGUCAAGAUGACGGUUCUAUCAGCAUUGGAGGAGCUGAGCGUGCUGCGGAUUCAAAGCUUCAGAAGGCGGGGCCUGUGAAUGACAGCAGGCUCAGUUCUGUCCCGGAAGUUCCUGUAGGUGUGGCCAGGGAGCCGAAAGCCACUCAGACUGCACCUCUGUCACCCACAAGCCCCACCCCCUCAAAUAGAGAACAGCUGCUCGUAGAGGAAAAUGAAUGCUUGAAACUAGAGCUCUCCAAAGCCAAGAUGGCGCUUGCAGAAGCCCAGAUGGAGAAGGAUUCACUCCAGCAUCAAAUGAAAUCUCUCAAACUCUCCAGCGGGGGCAGCAAAAGCUAGUGGCCGUGUGUACAUCGUGUACAAGAGUGACACUCGCCACAUGGAGGCAGCAGAGUGCUUGGAGGGGCCUGGCGCCAUAGAAAAGCCCAACUCCCGCAGCCUUGGAUGAAACUAAGAGGAGACUAAGGAUUUAGACUUUGCGACCUGUGGCUCUGCUAUAAAGAAAAGUGUUCUUUACCAUAGUGUACACACAUAGCUUUAGUAUCAAAGAAAGCCAGCGGAGUUUCAUUUUCACAGCUUACUUGUAAUUUUUUUGUCAGUUUCUUGUCUAAGGGGGUGGGCCGCACAGCACAUGCACCUCCCUCCGAAGAUAUCAUGGGAAAAUGUAACGGAGUAGUACACACAAACUUUCUUACCAUUUGCAAGCAGUGUAGGAGCACAUUCCACCCUUGACCUCUGACCCCAGGACAGUCUUACAUACACAGAAUCGGGGUGCGUGACGCCGAAUGUCAUAUCUUUGGAGGAAUGUCUUACAAAAACAUAAAUUUGCACUGUCCUGAGACUCACAGACUGAAAAGAAAUUGGCUCUGAAUAAAUUUGUGUUUAUAUACAGAAUGGAAAUUGUGAUACGCAAGAAUGUAUUUUUUUUUAAGUGCAAUUGAGCUUGAGUGUGGGGGGACAUUUUUACAUCACAUUCUUAUAUUAGAGUUAAUCAUUUAUGUAUGUAAAAACACUAAUGGGAUUUAAGUAGAGAUGCACAAGUCGUUUUUUGGUACUGUGUGAUAAGGAUGUGUUGAGAUUUGCAGUGCAACACUUUGAUAUUAGUUCAGUAUUUGCGACUAAAUGCCCCAUUCCAUGUUCACCCUUCUUACUGUCUGCACUGCAACAGUGAAAUAAGUUCAGUUUUUAUUUCCUAUUUUUCUGUUUUGAUGUCACAUAGUUUGAACAUGAGAUAUGUAAAUUAUGCUUUUUCAUAUUGUUGAGCUUUGAUUACCAGCAUUUCUUCACAAAAAUGACAAAAAAGGAUGUUGGGUAAACAGCCCAAAUCAGAUGCAAGGUGGGACAUCACUCUUGCAUUAGUUCCUUUUUGUUCAUGUUUUUUUUCUUAUUCAGUUAAAAUUUAACAGUGAAGGGCUUGUUUCGUGCAAUGUUAUUACUCAUACAGCGGCAAACACCUCUUCCCCCUUUUUUCUUUAUCUUUUUGUCUCACCUUACUUGUUUCUUUCCCUCACUGUUUCAGGUCCUUAAUCACAUGCCGUAUUUAUUCAUUUAACAUGAAUGUACGCAAAGGAGUCUACAGUCUAUUCAGUGGGUGGCCUAUAUAAGGGUAACCGGUGACACUCAUUGAACAAAUUUGUCUAGCCUCACUCAUAUGAUAUCUAGGCUAAAUGAGAACCAAUCUAAAUUUUCCUUUGCAUAAAAUGUAUUGCACCGUUUACCCCUAAUGUCUGAACAGUGGCCUCUACAAGUGCCUAUGACUGCACGUGUUCUCCAGAGGUCCUGCUUUUUCUUAACAAUUAUCUCUUUUACUUACAUUUUGUUCUCUAGAUGAAUGUGUAGUGCUCUUCAUGCAACACACAUCCAUCUGAAAAAAUCCCAAAUGUUUUUUUUCUUUUAAAUGGAAAGCUUCAUUUCAUAUGUGUGAUUGCAGAAACCGUAAAAUUGCUAAUUGCUUUCUUCUGUAGUACUAGGCCACACCCCAAUGCCACAUUAGCCCCACUGCAUUAUGGUAUAGACAAGCCCCCUUGGCGUUAAAGGUCAAUCAUGUUAGCACAAACGAUGAACAAGCAAACUUGUGAAAUUAUUAUUUGUCGUAUGUCAGACGCUGCUUCAGUACCGAGACAACUGAAAUAAAAUGCUGAAAUGAU